GCCCAUCUCCUUCUGGUUCUUUGCUAUCGUCAAGUCUUUCACUUGUUGUUCACAUUUCUAGUGCGCUAAGCUUUGUUCAUAUUUCUUGGUUCAUCUUAACUCUCGAGUCAUUCUUUUCAUGUCGAUUACAACCCCAGCUCUUUCUUCUCCAAGCCUUUCCUUCAAACACUAUGCUCUAGCCAAGGUCUCUUCCUUUUCCCAUCCCCAUGUCCGUCUAAGUCACGCUGUAAUUUCAAAUCCCUCUUUUUCGACGAAAGCCCAAUCAUAUAAUCCUCAAUGUAGAUGGAAUUAUAUUAGAAUUUCAGGUAAAAUGCCUAGAUUUUCGCUGGGGAGGCAUCUAGGGGUUUCUGCGAACGCAAGGGGCUCCGAAGGUGGGCUUGAUAAUGGAGUUAGCGAAGCUUCUGGUGUUGAUUUGGAUCAGGCUGAGAAGGAGGCUCGAGCCCAAAGUACCAUGCCUGAGCGGUUUAGGUACUUGACGAAAGAAGCUCCUGACCGUCCUGUUCGGUGGCCGUGGUUUGUAGCACUGGCUUUCCUUGUUUAUGCUUGGAGAGCUGUUUUAUUUGAACUAUCAAACUGGAGGAAUGCUGCACUUGGGAUUGUUCGUUUCAUGGGAUAUGUUCUGAAAUACAUUUUGGCUGUGAUCUUCCAUUUCAUCGGGGAUCCUAUCACUUUCUCAAUUAGGUUUGUUGAGAAUGCAUUAUACACAAUUCGAGCUUUCUACUCUGGAAUAGUUGCAUAUGCUCCGGUACCAGAUCUCACCAUCAUCAUUGUGCUGGCAUCAAUUGUUUUAGCAGUUGCAGAAGCAACUGUUCCACAUUGCAUCAACAGCCAACCGUAUGUGUUGACUGUGUCAGGCCUAAUUGGCUAUGCUGCCGUUAGAGGCUGUAUCUCAGAACCAUUGUUCUGGACACUACUGGUAGGGUUGUACGCUUUUUCAAGACUUGUUAAAAGGAGAGACAACGUUUCAUCAACAAUGCCUGUUGCAGCUGUACUUGCUGCCAUUGGCGAGCCUUGGAUUAGGGUUCUUGUGUUGAUUUCUUUUACAGGCCUAGCUAUUUUUCACCAUUCAAGAAUGCUUUCAGAGGGAAAAGAAAUUGCUGAAGUUGAAACAGCAAAGAGGAGGCUUCCGAUUCCACUGCUUGCUGCAGCUUUAGCAAUUGGUAUCCGUGUUGCUGCCAAAUGGGCUGGGUAUCGGCAUUUGACAUGGAUGAUUGUGUGAGUUUGUUUAUGUCUGCUUUGACCUAUAUGUGUUCAUACUACAGAGAAUAGAGCUGAGAGUUCUAAACAGUUUUGAGGUAACGUAAGGCAUGUGGUUAUCAUUUGUUAUCUUUGAUUCAAUUCUUUUUUGUGGUCUUUGUAUGGUAAUUGAUGAGAGCCAUCAAGCUGGAAAAUUGUUGAUUGUAUGCUAAGUAGUGUGAAAGGUUUGUCUUUGUCUUUGUAAUCUAAUGUGGCUAUGGUUACAGUUGUCCUCGCAGACCAUGAAAAGAUGCAUUUGAGGGAACACGGAAAAAGCAUUUUGUUGUGAUUCCCCUCUAUGAAAUUGUUAUAUAUAAUAGAUACGUGUGAAUGCACGGUUCACCAAUAGCUUUAUGGCCUAAGGGCAUACUGCUGGCUUUUGUUGGUGUCA